AUGACGCUCUCGUGCUGCGAGCCGCCGGAGGGGAAGUGGCGCGACGUGUACGGCGACCCUGUGCGGCCGCGGCGCGACGGCUUCGAGUGCCCACUUGACGCGCUGCAGAUGGCGGCGUGGGCCGUUAUUGUGAUCCUGGUGACGCUGCACUACAUGCUUCACGUCCCUUUCCUGCACGGCACGUUGCUUGUCGUCGUCGCCAUCGUCUCCGGGGUGCUGGUGCUGGCCACGGUGGCGCUGAAGGUGUCACUGUCGCUCAGUCGCAUCGAGGACCCUAUCAUCUUCCGCACCGACAUCCCGCGGCUGGAGCAGGCCAACUUGACGCAGGAGGCCGCGCCGUCAGGGAGGGAGCCGUGUGUCUUCUGCCGCCGCUUCGUGCUUGCCGGCUGCAAGCACUGUGGGGUGUGCGACAAGUGUGUACCAGGGUUUGACCACCACUGCCGUUGGCUCAACGUGUGCGUUGGUACUGGCAACUACAAGGCCUUCUGUGCGUUCAUGAUCACAUCAUGGUGCACCAUUACCUUUGUCUUCGCCAUCGGCCUCUACAUCACUGUCGAUGCCUUCCGGGACAGAGCGAAAUACGAGGACCUCCUGCAGGAACGUUACCACGCCGAGAACUAUGUGGCAUAUAUGGUUUUUCUCAUCAUCACGCUGGGACUCACUUUUUCUGGUAUCUCUGUGCUCGGAAAGCUCAUGCUCUUACACGCAUACCUCUGCUGGACAGGUCGCACAACUUACCAAAUGGUGUUAGAGAAACGCGAGAAGAAGCGUGAGCGGCAGCGGCUGAAGGGCCUGCAGCAACAGCAAAAUCCACAGAGUGGGAAGGAGAGUGGGUUGUGCUCAAUCUUUUCCCUUCGUAAACGCCGAGACUUCCGCAAGUACAAGCGACAGGCGGCAGCAAACAACCAAAAUAAUAACAACACCAACAUCAACCAUCGCGACGGCGACGUGAUGCCAUUUUCUGCGGUACCCGCGCGGUCGCCAUGCGAACACCACGAUCCGUACUCCUUGGGUGACCCAGAAACUGCGCCCGUCUGA